CGCGCCACGUGUCCCAUCGAUAAGAAAGGCAGUCCUUGUUCCGGUUCCAGCCAACUCGUGUUCGCCUGCGCCUAAUCCUUAUCCAGCCCGACUCAAUGCCCCCUCCGACUUCCAUCCUCAGCACCUCCUCCCAGUCUCCGCGCCCUCUCCUCUCCCAGCGGCAAGCCCGUGAUCCUCAGCUUCGGUGCCGCAACUGCCCUGACAAUCACCUGCCUGCGAGCGAUUGAACGCCUGCGGAGCGCGCCCCAAUGAAGCCCACUGUCCUUGUCGAAUCACCUGCCUCGUUCUGUCGCCGCGAGCCGCCACGCUUAUCGGCAGCCGUGCGACCACAGGCGCGCCCGCCGCGCACAAUCGGAGCUGGCGCGGUCAAGAAGCGGCUCCUGAGGCGGUAAAGAAACGGCUCUGACGCCGCGCUCCGCGUCUAGCGGUUAUGCGUACGCUCCGCUCUUGCCCUCGCCAAGGUCGACGUCCUUGUCUGAUCCAACGACGCUCAUCGCUUGCCUCGCGCUCGUCGCUCACCGCAAGUCGUGACCGCUCCUUCGAGUAUACGUCCUCGCCUCGCAUACUUCUUGAUUUUCUCAAUCAGAAGGCAGUCGACCAAGCUUCGCUCCGAAGGCUGACCUGUCUACUUCUCGCCGAUUCGGCCUCGCAUUCUAUCGACUCGGCCUCGCAUCCUAUCGACUCGGCCUCGCAUCCUAUCGACUCGGCCUCGCACUCUAUCCACUCGGUCUCGGGAUCCCCCGGCUCGCCCAACGCCGCGGACUUCCAACCAGGGCCACCGGGCUUCGACCUCAUCGAAGUAGCGCCACAGAAGGUGUUCGGUCAUAUGGAGAUGCCUGCGAGUCGCAUGCUGAUGCGGACCGUGCCCAUGUCAUUGUCAGCAGCAGCUAAGUACCGCUGUCUGUAUACUGCUGAUGCGCUAGCUAGUCGCACGCAAUGUGUAUCCCGACGCGGACCUUCCGCUUCGAGACAUCGCUACUCAGGUUUUCUACGACUCCGGUCUUCGGCGCCGCCGCCGCAUCUGUACCUUGUCUGUGACCACGCCUGCGUCUCCACUGCCACUAGGGCCACGGCUUGUAUUCGCUCUUCAACAAUGGAUUCACCGUGCCUUCUUGCGAUGUAUUCACCUUGCCUGCUUGCGAUGUAUCCGUCGCGCUCGCCCUUGCAAGUCAAUAGCGCGAGACCUUCCUUUACAAGUCGUCGCUAUGCAGUCUUUACCGAGUUCUCAUCGGCGCUUUUGUAUUCUGCACGAUAACCGUGGCGCACGGUACCUAUGAAUGCAAUGACCUUCGUUGUAUGCAAUGCCAGUGACCUUCCUGAUAGCACGUCUCUUUCGCAGUUCGCAAGUCCGAUCAAUACAUCCCGAUCCCAGCUCGACACGCUGUGCAUAUAUACCGUUCCUAUGUGGAUACCGAUGCAAAAUUCCCCGGUUUUUUCCUCUUUGAGCAGCGGCUGCAUAAGCCCUCGACCAACGCCGCUCCCGAAUGUCUACCAUUUGUACUUCGACUUCUCUCGGCGCUCUCCCAGUACACGACGCGCUGUUCCUGAAAAUCAUCGUCGCUUCGU